AUGUCCGCCGGCACGUCCGCGCUGAGCGAGCUCGUCAGCAGCGUGGCAACGAUCCUGCAGCCGUUCUGCAUCGAGCUGUCGUUCCUGGUCUGCUUCGCCCUGGGCUUCUACUACCUCCGCCUGGACGCGGCGCUUCCGAGCGGCGGGAAGAAGACCAAGAAGGUUGAAGACCCCGCG